GCUAAUUACAUAAUGUUCGCGCACGUGGUCUGCUUGCGGAGGUUGGUAUAUAAGGCGGUCAGCUUCCCUCGACUCCCACUUGUCAACCAUGGCGCUUCGCACAGCUCCCGUCCUGUCCCAGCUGGCGCUGCCUCUCGUCCUCCUCCUUCUGGUGCUCGUCCCUCUCCGCUCCUCGCUCGCCCUCCAACUGGGCUUCCCCUCGCUCACUUCGGCCUUCCGCCCUCCUCUCGACGUGGCCGGGCGUCCGUCGGAGGGACGCCAGGCGCCACAGCAAGGCCCCUGGUCGUACAUCCGACAUCGGCCUCAAAGCAAGCGGCAGCUGGACGAGCUGAUCCCCGGCCUCCUUCAGCACUACUCGGAGCAGGAGGUGGAGGCCGCCUCCAGGUCCGAGUACAAGGCGGUGCCGUUGCCCAUCGUGCACACGUCCCAGAUGCUCCACCGCGGAAUCAACUGUUCCGCGCUCGACUCCAACCUGCACGAGAACCACAUCAAACCCGAGCUUCAGCUGCGCCCCGACUGGAUCCACAUUUCCGAGCUGAUCGGAGACUGUCCCACCCACUACGUGGCCCGGGACCUGCCGCCCAUGUACUCCCCGGCGGUGGUCCUGGAGGCCGUGUGCACGUGCGGGGGAUCCCAGUGCUCCAGGGACGGACACCAGUGCGUGCCAGUGACCCGCCACAUCCCCGUGUGGGUUCGUCGGGGACCCAACAUUCACGUGUUGGACGUGGAAGAACUGGGCGUGGCGUGCGCGUGCGUGAGGAGGCCCAGCGUGGGAGGGAACUUCGUGUUCAGCCCCGCCGUCCACAGCUAGGAACC